AUGUCGUACACCGAUGAGGCCCUCAAGGCCAAGCUCUCGACCCUCAACGAGACACAAGAUAGUAUCGUCUCGGUCUCACAAUGGAUCAUGUUUCAUAAGAGACAUGCAGACCGCAUCGCAAACUACUGGCUCACCCGUCUUCGCGACUCACCGCCAGCGAAACGCCUCAACUUCAUCUACUUGGUCAACGAUAUUGUUCAAAACGCGCGAGCACGAAAGCGCGCUGAAUUUCCCGACGCGUUUUCCCCUUUGAUGGCCGAGGCCAUUCAGACCGCCUACCGCUCCUCACCCCCCGAGAUCCAGGGCAAGAUCCGACGAGUUGUCGAGGUAUGGCGCACGCGCAAUGUCUUUGAGGUUCCAAUUCUGGAUGCUAUCGAUGCGCGAGUCGACGAAGUCGACAAAUCAAAGGGAUCCGGUGGGAAGAAGACCCUCAUGGGGAACUCUCUCUUCGGCUCCACCUCUUCCUCGGGCGCCAUGCCAAAAGAACUAGAGAGUCUGGCGCCGUUACAGAUCACUGUGACCAAAGAGACCAUCUCCGCCAGGCCUGCCAUCGAUAACGCACAGAACGAGUAUACGAAACUUAACGAUCCGGAGGCGGUGCUACCCAGCCCGCCCGUCCAUGCUGCGCGACUGUCUAGCCUCAUCAAGUCCCUUGCCGCGGCUGAGUCAUCCGUUUCGGCCAGCAUCAAGGCUCGAAAGGCUCUGAUCGCGGACCUUGAGCGAAUCUUGGAGAUAAACAAGGUAGCGUUGGCGAAGGAUGAGGAGACGUAUCUGACGCUAGAGAGUCGGAAGACUAGCACUGAAGCAAAGAAGAGAGAGGUCGAAGACGCCAUUAUUCGCGGACUAUCUUCCGCUGAGGCAGCAUCAUCGUCUGAACAUUUCGGUGCCACCAAUACGGGCGGUGCUUCAAGCAGCACCGACGCUGCGGUCAACGAAAUUGGUGGAAACAACAUCAGCGGCGAAAAUCCAGCUAACCAUUUUCUCUCCGAACGUCCCGAGAUCGAAGAGCUUACCGAUGACGAAGGCGACUUUGUGGCCGGUGGUAUGUUCGAUCAACCUCCACCCAAUAACGCACAGUGGGAGCAGCCAGCUCCAGCUCCCGCGGCCCCUGACUCCCCCGGCCUGGCAAACUUUCGACCCAACAACCCGGCCGUUGCAGCUGCUCUGGCUGAUUUCUCCGGCAUUGGUGCGACGCCGACACCGGACUAUACAGCUUUCCUACCCAGCAGCGCCUCCGGCGACACGAGUAGCCAGCCAAAUGCGCCGGUAACGCCGCGCGUCCGUUCUGCAAGUGGUGGACACGGAGUCAAUGGUUUGUCAGCCAAGAGACGCAAGAUAUCUCACGGUGGGGACGAGCAGGUUCCUGACCUGGGCGAGAUGGGUAUGGAAGGGUUUGGUCAAGCACCACAAAGUCAAGAUCAAGGCGCAGCAGGUGCUUUCGGUGGGACGACCGGCCUCGAAAUUGGAGGACAACAGCAGACAAAUGCUCGAGGCGAUGAUCUUUUGAGGAAUCUGGACGAGGACGUGGAUGAACUGCUCAGGCAAGAAGCUGCUCGAGGCGAGAACGGAGUGCCAGGGAUCUAG